AUGCCACCAAAGAGUAAGAAACGUGGUAGAGGGAGAUCUAAGAGUGAAGAUGUUUCAGAUAUAGAGGAAGAAGCACCACCACCUCCACCACCAAGACCAUUUAAAGAAGUUGAAGGUUUACCAUUAUCCAUAGAAGAACCAUCAUAUAGUAUCUUGAAUAAUGCUUUGUCGUUGAAAGAUAGUGCUGUGCUAUAUACAUCUUUGAUGAGAUCUAGAAAGGCUUAUACCAAUGGUAAUAUUUUUGACUUGUAUUGGGCAAAAGGUAAAACAAAAUUUGAUAAUGAUGUUAAUGCUAGAGAUCGUAUGAAUAAAUUUUGUGAGUGUGUUAUCAAUAUCGGUCCUCAUAAUUAUGAUACUAGAUUUUUCAUUUUAAAGAAUGAUGAAAUUGAAAAAAAGAGACAAGAUGAAAAAGAUAAGAAGAAAGAGAAACGAUUAGCUGCAAAGAAAGAAAGGGAAGAGAAACAAAAACAACGAGAAAUCAAAAAGGCAAAACAAGAAGCUUUAGAUUCUAGUUUAUCGGACCCUACUCAGCCACCUCCUCCAGGAGCACCUGUAUCUCAGUCAGCACCUUCUAGUGCACCACCAUCACAAAAUGUUGAUAAUGAAGCUGGAACACCCUCUGUGAGAGAUGAAGAUGAAAAUAAAGAAGAUCAAUCUGAGGAAGAAGAAGAAGAGGAUGAUGAGAAUGAAUCAACCUCUGUUCAAAGUAGAGAUACAUCAUUUCAACCAGAAUCAACCCCACAAGCUGAACCUCAGUGUGAAAAGGCUGAAGAAGUACCGAAUAAGGUUGAAACCAAAGUUGAAACCAAACAACCUGAGAUAUCAACUCCAAAUCCUAAACUAGAGCAAGCAGAAGAACCUAACAAACUAGAUGUCAAACCAUCCCACCCUAAACCAUUACCACCCUUGCAAGUUCCAAAUCAAAAUAAAGCUCAAAAUGUCUCAUCUAUAUCACAAUCACAAUCACAACCACCUGCACCGGUUCCAUCACAGACUCAACAAUCAAAUCAGAAUACUAUACCGCAGCCACAACCACAACCAAGUGUCACUCCAAUUAAACCAGUUCAACAACCAUUACCUCGUGCACCUCAACCACCUCCACCAAACCCACCGCCAUCAGCACAAGCACAGAAUGAUAUAAUGCAAACACCAGAAAGUCAAAUGAUGAUUGCAAAUUUGAAUGCAAUUGCCAGAAAAGAACCAUCAUUGAACGCAUUAAUGAAAGUUGUUGCCACAGGUAAUGCCAAACCAGAAGAAAUAAGAGAAUUUCAAGGUUAUAUUCAAAGAGCAAAAGCUAUGGGCCCAACAGCUUAUUAUCAUCAAGCUUUCCCAAAUAAUCAAUACCAACAACAACAGCAGCAGCAGCAACAACAACAGUCAUUACCUCCACCUCCUCCAAAACCACCUAAAAAGGUCAAACCUCCAAAGCAACCAAAACCUCCAAAGGAAAAGCAAUUGACAACUUUCCAAGAGAUGUAUGUUGAUGGAGCUGAUUUAGUUUUUGAAUUUAGUGAAAAUCCAAAUAUUCGUUAUCAUUUACCUAAGGAUAGUAUUAUAGAAAAAUUACCAAAUGGAGAAUUAUUGAUUUCAACUUUAAUUAUCCAUAAUAGAGAUCAAAUUAAAAAAUGGGAUCAAAGACAAAAAAAUAAAAAGGAAAAAAAAGAGAAGGAAGAAAAAGAGAAUAAGGAGAAAGAAGGAUCUCAUGAUAAUGAAGAUAAAUCCAAAAAUGAAGAUGAAACUAAGAAAGAUGAAAAUGAAACAAAAUCCAAACCAACAACUCCAUUGAAACAAAGAAGAACAAGAAAAACAGCUGAAAAAGAAGCCGAAGAAAAAGAAGCACAAGAUUUAAUUGAUGCAGAAAAUCUCAAAAAGGCUGAAGAGGAAGAACGUAUUCAAAAAGCUAAAAAAGCUGAAGAAGAACGUAAAUUAAAAGAACUUGAAGAAGCAGAUAAAAGACCAAUUCCUUAUUUUAGUGCAAUCUCAUUUACGUUAUCACAAAUUGAAGAUCGUUACUUACAAAUAUUUCAUAAUAGUUUUAAUAAAUUAGAUACCGUUAAACCAUAUAUGGAGGAUGUCUUGAAAAAUGGUAUUAGAGUACCAAAACAUUAUCUAUGGUACUCAGUUGAUGCAUAUGAAGAUGAAUCUUUAGCUGAAAAUUUAAGAGAAUGGUUAUACCUUUUGGAAAAUCCAAUUAAAGGUAAAGCAGCUAAUAGAAAAAGAGCUAAUGAUGAUACAACUGGAACCCCUCAAGGGAAACGUGUUAAAAAAGAAAUAUGA